GCCGAGCCGUCGUGGGCCCGUGCGGUGGGAGUGCUCUCGUUCUGGGCCCUCGCUGGGCCCGGCCGCGGCGGUGCCGGCAGGUCCGGCCGCCUCUUCCGCAGCCGAUGGCCAGGCCAGGCCGCGCUUGCCCCGCCGUGCCCUGCCCCGCCCCUUGGCCUCGGGCAGCCCCGCGGGGACCGCCCCGGCCGUGGCGAGGGGCACAGCCGUGGGGACUGUUUCCUCAGCCUCUCGCACGGGCCGAGAACCGGUGUUCGGCCGCAGGAACGGCCGAGCUAGGGCGGACGGCACGGCUGGGCCUCGGUGUUGCGGGCCCUGCGUCUAGCCAGCGGCCUGGGGAGGGCCUUGCCGAGGGGUUCCGGGCCCCUCCUGCACCCAGUGGCCGUGGCGGUGCAAGGGCUGUUCGCUGCCCGGUAACGUUGUCUACCGGCCCCGCGGCGGUGCAAGGGCGGCGAUGGAGCCGCUGGUGGCGCAGCAAAACCGCGUCCCUCGCCUGUUAGGGUUUGAGCGUGCAGCAGCGAGCUGUGAAGCGUUUGUUAGUCACUGAGACCUACACACGUGCAGAAGAAGGAAAAGUAUGUCCCCUGGAUCUGAACAGAAAAAUAUGUUUUAAGACCUGUAGCAAAGGGGGAACAUGAAUUUUAUUCCUCCUGUAACUCUGGGGGAUCAAGGUGCCUCGGGAUAGCCAGGAGGUCUUGUCUGUCGGGGUCCUAAAAGAAAAGUAGUGAAGGAGUCGGCAUUGGUGAGACCCCGCUGCAGUGCUGCAUACAGCUCUGGAGCCCCAGCACAGGAGAGACAGGAAGCCGUUGGAACGGGUCCAGAGGGCAAUGGACAUGGUCAGGGACAGACACCUCUGCUGCACAGACGGGCUGGGAGAGCUGGGGUUGUUCAGCCUGGAGAAGAGAAGGCCCUGGAAGACCUUACUGUGCCUUUCAGUAUUUAGAGGGGGCUUGUAAGAAAGAUUGGGACAGGCUUUUUAGUAGACCUUGUAGUGAUUGGACAAGGGGUAAUAAUUUUAAACAACAAAAGGGUAGCUUUAGACCAGAUACAAGGAAGAAAUUUUUGACAGUGAGGGUGGUGAAACACUGGCACAGGCUGCCCGGAGAGGUGGUGGAUGUCCCAUCCCUGGAAAUGCUCCAGGCCAGGUGGGACGGGACUCUGAGCAGCCUGAUCUAGUUGAAGAUGUCCCUGCUCAUGGCAGGGGGGUUGGACUAGAUCACCUUUAAAGGUUAAAGGUCUGUCUGUGACCCAGCUGCGAUGCUGUUCUUUUGGCCAUUUGGGACUAUGCGGUGCCCUGCAGAGAACUGUUUGAAUCCCAUCUGUGUAGCUAAUCCUGGCUAUUCUGGUUCCAGUGUCUAAUAUUAGGAGUGGCUGUUGGGGAUGUCAGGGAGCAGCAAGCUGCAGAGGGAGCACGUUAAAUCUAUAGUCUGCCCGUGGUUUUUGGGACAGACACAUAGUGCUACUGUGUAGUAACACUAGCUGCACGGAGAAAACACAAGUGGAUAGCACAUCACUUGCAAGCUGUUUUUGUUCAGUUUCUCAGGGUCAGGUGCACCUGAUCUUACACAAGUUUGUGCCUGUGUCAUAUCCUUGCCUGAAGCUCAUGCUAAUGAAUCCCGAGUGCUGGGUCACUCCAGGGUUUGCAUUUGGAAUGGGAAGUGGAAAUAAAAUUUUCACUGAAAUGCUUCCAGCUUUAAGAGUGUCAGACAAAGCUCUGGAGAGACAGGAGGUGUGCUAUUUUCAGCCACGCUCCGGUGAGAGAUCCAUCAUGUAUGUGGGGGGGCACAGAGGGUGAGAUUGACAUGACACGUGUAUAGGACAACUCUGGCCCCUUACCAAGAGCAGAAUCAAAUGUCUAAUCAUAGGCAGAGCAGCAGCUGAGAGUCCAGCAGAGCAGUGAAGGCUGGGCUUGACAGUCUCAACUCUCCUGUGUGUGAGUGAACUCAAAGGAGAAAGUGAGCAGAGGGCCUUUUGGGGGACUGGAGAGUUGUGGUGGGAACUGUGAAGAUGGGAGUAGAAGAUACUGUCUGUUAAGAACUGGAGUCUGUUUUGAAGUUGGGAAGACAAAAAACAUCCAAAGCACAGUAAUCAUGGGAGCUGAAGAAGAAAUGCUCAUCACUCUGUCUGGAGGUGCCCCCUGGGGUUUCCGGCUGCAAGGGGGUUCAGAGCAGAAAAGACCCCUUCAAGUGUCAAAGAUCCGGAAGAGAAGCAAAGCGUGCCGUGGAGGACUGUGGGAAAAUGAUGUGCUAGUAUCUAUCAAUGGGAAGUCAUGUGCUGGCCUCUCCCAUGCUACUGCCAUGCAGAUCAUCGAUUCCUCCAAUGGCAUGCUCAACAUCCGUGUGAAAAGAGUAGUUGGUGGGGACCAGACUGGCCCACGGCUCCAGCGCUCUCCUUCUCCAGGGCAGCGAGUGCGCUCCCCACCGUCCCCGCUCAACCCCCCGGCGCAGCUACUCAGCCCUGAACUGGCAGGAGCCCCGGCCACCACACAGCCCUCGCAGCCUCGGAGGUCACAGAGGCACCUGGAGAGCCUUACCUCCCCGCCGGACAGUGAGGCCUACUAUGGUGAGACAGACAGCGAUGCCGACAAUGUGGCCCAGGAGAAGCACCGCCGGGCUCGCAAGAGGAGCCCACGCUCACCACCCGAUAGCAUCAACAACAAGGCGGACGGGCCUCAGGAUGAGGUGUCCUUGUCCGAACAGAGCGGCUAUGAGAGCAUGCCAGAGGCUGCUCUGCAGGAGGGAGCCGAGGUGACCAGCUCCAGCGGGGUGGCCAAGAGGGAGAUUGCCUGCCCACCUGGCAGCCGCACAGACACUCCUUUCUCGGAGAGCGAGGGACAGUUGCGGCCACCAUCAACAGAGGGACGGGAGCCUUCUCCAGAGGCAAUGCUCCUGCCCCAUGCCACCAAGGCUAUCCGGGCAGAACGCCAUCUCAUCCCCAUGGUGGGGCCAGUGGAGCACCCGGUUGAUGAAGACCUAACUACCACUUACAUGGAAAAAGCCAAGCAGGCCAAGCUCCACCGCCACGAGAGCAUCCAAGAGAAGAACGUGAAAGAAGCCAAAACCAAGUGCAGAACCAUUGCAUCCUUGCUGACAGAUGCACCGAACCCCCACUCCAAGGGGGUGCUGAUGUUCAAGAAGCGCAGGCAGAGGGCUAAGAAGUAUACAUUGGUAAGCUUUGGGAGUGUUGACGAAGACCGCUCCUACGAGGAGGAAGACGGAGUUUUUCCAACUAGUGAGUCUGAAUUUGAUGAGGAAGGUUUCUCUGAUGCCCGAAGCCUAACUAAUCACUCAGACUGGGACAACACUUACCUGGACAUUGAAAAGUCCAAGUCUGACUCUGAACAGAAGGAAGAGAAGCAAAAAGGCUUGAGUGAGGCUUCAGGUAAAGGAGCACGAUUAUUUGAGCAACAGAGGGAACGGGCUGGGAAGUACACAGUCGAGAAAGUCCCGGUGCAGAAGAGCACCCAGCCUGCCCCAGCUGCCCAGCCACAGCAGGGCACGGUGAACGGAGAUAUGCCUGUGCCACAGAAGGUAGACAGUGUGCCCCUCAGCAUCCACCUGGAAGGUGUGCAAGUGCCCAGCAAGCAGCCAGACACACCCCCAGCUCAGCUCCUGGCUCCCCCUAGCCCCACUUUCUUCCUGCCUCCCCCAAGCACACCUGACCCCUUCACUGCAAGCUCAACAAGCAUGUUCAACAGGUCUGCACGACCCUUUACUCCUGGCUUCUCUGGCCAACGCCCAGCAACAUCCUCUGUCGUCUUCAGGCCAUCUGCACCCAAAAAACCUAGUGAAAGUCUAGGUGGACAAAGCACAGUGGUUCCCCCUUUCUCACCUCUGGCUCCAGGAACACCUGCCAGUGCACCAGUGCCAACACACCGUGGUCCAGUCAGCUCCUCCACAUCUCUGUAUAUCCCUGCACCAGGAAGACCAACACCACCACUGGAGUCACAGCCAAGAGGGGGAGGAAGUACUCCAGACACUAAGCCUUCUGCCAACACUGCCCGAACAUCUACCACCUCUAUCUUUCUGUCAACUCCCUCAAAGCCAGGAGGAGAAGUAGCCUCUGCGGCAUCCCAACCACGAGUCCCUGGAACAGCCUCUUCUUCUUUGUAUAUCAGUCCAGCACCGUCACAGCACACAAUAAGCAGUUCCCCCCUGCCAAAGCAGCCUUCUCCUGCUGUCUCACCAGCAACACCACGACCUCCUUCUGAGCCCUUGACCUCCAGGGAGCAGAGGAUUGCUGUGCCGGCUCCCCGCACAGGCAUCCUGCAGGAGGCUCGCCGACGGGGCAACAAGAAACCCAUGUUCAGCAAGAUUGAGGAGAAGAAGAAGAAUUCACCCAACCCUGAGCUCCUGUCUCUGGUGCAGAACCUGGAUGAGAAGCCUAAAGCUGACCACCCUGGGGCAGGCUUUGAGUCUGGGCCUGAGGAGGACUUCCUCAGUCUGGGUGCUGAGGCCUGCAACUUCAUGCAGUCUUCUGGCCGCAAAUUCAAGACCCCACCGCCAGUGGCUCCUAAGCCUCAGCAGCAAGAUGCUGGACUGGUAAAUGGGGCCCAGGACAUGCCUCAGCUUAAAGGCAAGGGGGCAGAGCUCUUUGCCAAACGCCAGAGCCGCAUGGACAAGUAUGUGGUGGAGACAACACCGAAGCCAGAGUCCAAGGCCAGGACACCCUCUCCUUCCCCUUCUCUACCCUCAUCCUGGAAAUAUUCACCCAACAUCCGUGCUCCCCCUCCAAUAGCUUACAACCCAAUGCAUUCCCCUUUCUAUCCUCUGGCAGCCAGCAAAUCUCAGGCUAGCAAAGCAGAGAGCAAAGUGAAAAAGGCACCUGGCCAGAAAUCAGGGAUCAAGGUCAUUGAUUUAAUGCGCCACCAGCCCUAUCAAUUAAAAUCAGCCAUGUUCUGUUUUGGGGAUCCCCCAAGCUCCAGCAUUCAGGAGUCUCCUGGUCAGACAGGCCCACAGGCUAGCUCAUCCUUCACGGCAGCCAAGCAGGUCCCUGUGAAAACAGCCAAGACUCAGGAGAUACGUCGCUUCUCCACUCCAGCUCCCAUGCCAACCUCAAGCAGCCUGGCACCCACUGUGCUUGUGCCCCGCUCGGCCACCACGUUGGAUGAGCCAGUGUGGAGAACAGAAAUGGCCUCUUCUGCCCCCACUACACCGGCACCCUUCCAGGUGGAGCUCAGCCAGUCCCCUAAGCCAUACCAGAGCUCCCCAGAGCCUGGUCAGGCGGGCCAGGGGCCUUACCCAAACCCAGCCUCAGCCUCUCGGUUUCAGGUGGCCAGGCCCAAAUUCUCAGCAGCAAGAACAGGGAUGCAGGCCAAUGUGUGGAGGCCAAGCUUUGGCCACCACUGAGGCAGGCAGUGCUCCCAUCCCAUCUGUGGCCCUGCAGAGAUAGUGCUUGUUUUGUCAUUCAUGUCAGCUCAGUACAUUGGGAUGAGUGAUACAAAAUGAAGAAAAGACAAAAAAAAAUAAUUACUCCCCUUCUGCACCACCCUCUCCCCCAGCCUCCCCUUAGUCUCAGAUGGGCAGCUUCGUGGCAAGGCUUACUGGCCAUGGCUACAGCAGGAGGAAGAAUGUGGAAAGAGGACACAGAGACUGGGAACUUCUACACAGUAGCAAAAUGCACCUCUGGAGGUGGUGAAGGGCAGGGGUGGCCUCAUGUGAGGACAUGUAGGCGGCAGUGGUUUUCCUUUCCCAAGGGCUUUGGAGUCACCCCUGAACAGACUGAGGGGCAAGAGCUUUUCCAGGAAGAAAGGGUCAGAGCUGGGAUUACAGCACAGAAGCCCUAGCUUCUCCAUUAGACUGCUUUCCUCUGAGCCUGUCAGUCCAUACGCACACACACACAUGCACACCGCAGCGUUCAGCAGGGAAUGAAAGCAGAAGUGGGGCUUUGCCUUGGGCACUUCUCCCAGACUCCCCUCCAGAGGGCCAUGGGAGAGGAGGCAAGAGAGCAGAGUGAGCGGCGGUGUUUGCACGGCACGUGUGGGCAGUGUGCCCUGCACAGGAGGGUGGCCGUGUAUGCCCGCUCCUACAGUCACCAGGGAUGAGGGUGAAAGGGAGAGUCAUCUUAGCUGGUGCUAAACAUGGCUAUCAGGUCUGGGAGCAGUUUGCCAAAGAGGGGCAUUGAAUGGACUUGGUGGGGCUAUCACAAGGUGGAGGAACCACAGAAAGAAGUAUCUGUUUUUGAGGAUACACAAAGGCAAAGCUAAGCUCAGGCAGUGGCUGAUUGGCGCAAGGAAGGCCCUGCAGCAUUAGUCCCACUGGAAGAGGAUAUAGAUGCUGUAAGUACAAAGGAGGAUUGCGUGGGAGAAGGUACAGUUGGUUUUAAAAGGAGGCAGGAUUGAAUAUCCGUUUGCACAUCAUCUUUUUGUUUAGUUUAGGACAGAAGUGUGGCUAGAUUGGAAAUGGAUCAUGACAUUAAACUUGCUGAAAACUCUGUGAUGAGCUAGAAAAUGAAGCCCCUUUACAGAUGCUCUCGGUGUGGAAGUGGAGGAAAGGGAAACAGAAAUUCACAAGUAGAAUUUCAUACUAAAUGAUUUCAGUAUCCUUGGGAUCUAUUUGAUAAGAACUGAAGUGCUCUGAGAUUCGCAGAGGAUCUGCACUCACACACACAUACAGAGCUCAUUUCGCUGGCGAUGCUGGGGAAACAGGACUGGUUAUUCCUUGAAUGGCCCAGGCUAGCCUCAGACUUAAUCCCUACACUAAAGGCACACAAGAAAAAAGAAUUCCCUUUCCCAAGGAACAAUUCAGGAUAUUAGUAGGGACUGUGCAUGUGUGUGUACAUGUCAUCUGUGCUCUGGUUCGCACACACCUCUGCCAUUUGCUUUCCACCUGUGCUCCUGUUUUGAAGCAGCCACUUUUACAGUGUGAUCCCAUGAGUACACCAAGAAAACAUUGCUCCUGAAGCACUGGCUUCCAAACAUGGCAGAUGCCCCAGCUGCAGGGAAGGAGCUUCCUGGGCAGAGAUUGCCCAGCUUUUUGCUAGACUCUCAGGAAUGAGUACUGGAGGCUGGAUGAAGGUCUUUUAGCCUUGUUUAAGACAUGCCUCCAUCUCAUUAGGCUUGCUUGUCUCCUUCAAGCAGAAGCUGUUCUCUGACCAGACUGAGAACAAACUUUGGAUGUACAAAACUAUAGGUUCUGGGGAGAAAAAAAGGAGGGUCAAAUGGGGCUGGUGCCAAGUCUGUAAGCAGUGCAGCUAGUGUGGUUUCACACUAAGUCUGAGCCAACCUUCCUCCGUGCAGCUGGAGCUUACAGUGUAUAGCUCUUUUCACAAAAGCUGGUGUUUCUACAUUUCCUUGGAGAAUGCACAUUCCUGGGGGCCCUGAAACACAGGACGUACAUACUGGGGAGGGCUGAGGACAGCACUUACACCUCACUUGGCAGACUUAUCAGCCAUGGGAGAGGAUGGAGAGAAAACCUUUGGGAAUGCCUUGAGUUAAUGUGCAAAGGGGUGGCUGAGCCAGAAGAGGUGCUGCCCCUGGUUGUAUGACAUGGGAGCAGCUGACCUGAACUGAUGAGGUGAUUGUGUGUGUUCCUGGAAAGCCCCAGAGGGGACGUCUUAGGACAAGUCAUUACCAUAGGGUAAAUUAAUUCCCAUCACCAGAAUCCACUUAGCUCUGGUGAAGGAGAGGAGCCAUGUUACAAAACCUAAUUUGGACAAUUGCUUUCUCACUCAUCGUGUGCUGCAUUGUAUUGCCAGUGUUUCUGGAAAAAAGUCCUGUGUGCUGUAGCAAGCUGAAUCUCUGUGAUUCUUCUCAAAUAUGGAAGGAGGAAUAUUCUGUUUUGCUAGGAAAGCUGUGAGAAGGAACUCGAGGACUAGCAGUGCUCCAAAAGCUUUGUGCCUAGUCUCCUUGUGGAGUGCUGUCUGUCACUGGCUAAUGGUUUUAGCCACUAGCCUUAGACAGACAAGCUACCACAAGUUGAAAGCAUCACUGAACUCAGGUGUAGAGAGGGGUUGUGUGGACCAGAGAAAGGGUGUUCAAGAUAAUUCUGCAGUGAAGAAAUAACCUCAGAAAGUCUGAAUCUUGCUCCAGUGUCUCUCUCCCUCAGGUCCAUAAAGGUGAGUGCUCUCAGGACCUGAGUGUCUUGGGAAAUUCAUUUUGCCGCUGAGAAAAAAGAGAGGUCUGGCCUUAGCAUGUAAGGGAGAUUGCACAUGGUUAGUAUUUCAGUGGUCCCACUCCAGAUUUCUGGGAGACGCUCAUGCAAGCCAAGGCCAAACACUGUUGAAUGUUAGAUGUCAGCACCCAAGUGAGUGGAAUAACUGCAUUUGGCCCAUCAUUUCUAAUAAUGUAAUGAGCAGGAGAUGAAAAAAUGUUAGGUUUGACUGGAGAACGAGUAUUAAACAUCAGAGCAAGGAAAAGAACCAGGAGGCUGGGGAUCCUGCAUUUCACUUCUAACAUCCUUGGUUCGAAGCUAUGCUUAGAAGCAAAGCCAAAGUAGUCUGCUGGAUCUCAGCCCCUCUUGAUCUUUUCUGGAUCCUAUGCUGACACAGGACUUAAUCUGCAGAAGCAGAGGGUGUUGCAGAUGAGGCCUACAGUGCUUGUGGCAUAUCCCAAACAAGGCCUGUGGCUGCAAGUAGCAUGAGAUAAGAAAUAAUACUGAGAUGCAUCUGCUAAGCUAUAAGGAAGAAACCUGCACUACUGCUGGCUUCAAGCAGCUCUGCUAGUGUCUGCUCAUGAAAAUAUUGUGGCUGUGCCUCUUAGAAAGGUCACAGGUGAGGUUACAAGGAAUACUUUUCAACCAUAUAAGCUUUUCUUGAGCCUCUUGAAAUUUCUAAUUCUUCAGCUGUUCAACAAGCACAGACAUAAACAGUUGUUUGACAAGUUUUAGCUCCCACCUGCUAAGCUAUAAGCUGCAGUGGUAGGCCAAACCCCAGUAUCCCCUUGUUAAGCAUUUGAAGAUGCAUGGUCUCUGAUUUAAAACAGCCUAUCAUCCCUCCUCUCUAGAAUGCUGCAGGUUACACAUUGCAGCUAUGACAAUUCUGGGGGUUCAUCUUUGCUUCAGAAGGAUCAAUCCAUUCCCUCUGAACAUAUGAGAACACUUGCCAGAGAUAACCUUAAGAUCCUGCAGCAGCUGAGAGGAAGAAUCUCAGAAGAGACUGGUGUGAUGAUGGGUCACUGAUCGCCAGACAUGAGCAUAGUGCAAGCCAAGAUUGUCCCUUGGAAUGAAUAUGCUCCCUUUCUGCUAUAAUAUCCAGCAUCCCCUACCGGACUCUCUUCCUAGAAAAGACUCAACAGUGCUCUGAAAAUGGGAGCCCAGCGGUACUGCUCUCUCUGGUGGAAGAUGUGACCCCAGAAGAAGAACAGAAUUGGCAUCUUUGUUUAUGGAAAUACUUUUUUUCCUUUCCUGUUUUGUCUCCCCCCGCCCCCCCCAGUUUAUAGUCACUUUCUAUUUGUGCAGAAGAAUAAACUUGU